CGUGAGGCGCCGCCGGAGGCGCGGGGCUUGCCGGGGAUCGUGGUCGGCGAGCGCGUCCGAGCCCACUAGCCGAGCCCGCCCGGGACUACAUUUCCCACAAUCACCGCCAGGAUGCCCAUUGGUGGGGGAAGCCAUGGGAACCAGAGGCCGUCAGUGGUAGAGGCGGGCGGCGCUCACGCCUGGCCUGAGGGGGACGAGACUGAGGCGGUGGCGGAACGGGGCUGCUGGCCCCGCCCUGAGUCCCUACCCUUUGGAGGACUGCGCUUCUCCUUCGGAGGGAGUGUUCGCCGCCGCCGCCGCCGCCGCGGCCGCCACUUGGAGUUUCUUCAGACUCCAGAUUUCCCUGUCAACCACGAGGAGUCCAGAGAGGAAACGCGGAGCGGAGACAGCAGUAUCCCACGCCUCUUGCAGCCCGGAUCACCCCAGCAGGGAUGGGCGACAAGACCUGGCUGCCCUUCCCCGUGCUCCUUCUGGCCGCUCUGCCUCCGGUGCUGCUGCCUGGGGCGGCCGGCUUCACACCUUCCCUCGACAGCGACUUCACCUUUACCCUUCCCGCCGGCCAGAAGGAGUGCUUCUAUCAGCCCAUGCCCCUGAAGGCCUCGCUGGAGAUCGAGUACCAACCACUACACGCUCCGAUACUGAGAAUUUCACAAUGCGGAACUGAUACACGUUCUCCUUCAUCAUUGGACGAGGUUUUAGAUGGAGCAGGAUUAGAUAUUGAUUUCCAUCUUGCCUCUCCAGAAGGCAAAACCUUAGUUUUUGAACAAAGAAAAUCAGAUGGAGUUCACACUGUAGAGACUGAAGUUGGUGAUUACAUGUUCUGCUUUGACAAUACAUUCAGCACCAUUUCUGAGAAGGUGAUUUUCUUUGAAUUAAUCCUGGAUAAUAUGGGAGAACAGGCACAAGAACAAGAAGAUUGGAAGAAAUAUAUUACUGGCACAGAUAUGUUGGAUAUGAAACUGGAAGACAUCCUGGAAUCCAUCAACAGCAUCAAGUCCAGACUAAGCAAAAGUGGGCACAUACAAACCCUGCUUAGAGCAUUUGAAGCUCGUGAUCGAAACAUACAAGAAAGCAACUUUGAUAGAGUCAAUUUCUGGUCUAUGGUUAAUUUAGUGGUCAUGGUGGUGGUGUCAGCCAUUCAAGUUUAUAUGCUGAAGAGUCUAUUUGAAGAUAAGAGGAAAAGUAGAACUUAAAACUCCAAACUAGAGUACUUAACAUUGAAAAAUGAGGCAUAAGAAUGCAAUAAACUGUUACAGUCAAGACCAUUAAUGGUCUUCUCCAAAAUAUUUUGAGAUAUAAGUGUGAAACAGGUAUAAUUUUAAUGUGAAAAUUAAGCCUUCACUUUCUGUGCAAGUAAUCCUGCUGAUCCAGUUGUACUUAAGUGUGUAACAGGAAUAUUUUGCAGAAUAUAGGUUUAACUGAAUGAAGCCAUAUUAAUAACUGCAUUUUCCUAACUUUGAAAAAUUUUGCAAAUGUCUUAGGUGACUUAAAUAAAUGAGUAUUGGGCCUAAUUGCAACACCAGUCUGUUUUUAACAGGUUCUCUUACCCAGAACUUUUUUUGUAAAUGUGGCAGUUACAAAUUAACUGUGGAAGUUUUCAGUUUUAAGUUAUAAAUCACCUGAGAAUUACCUAAUUAUGGAUAGAAUAAAUCUUUAGACUACAAAAGCCCAACUUUUCUCUAUUUACAUAUGCAUCUCUCCUACAAUGUAAAUAGAAUGAUAGCUUUGAAAUACAAUUAGGCUUUUGAGAUUUUUAUAACCAAAUAUAUUUCAGUGUAAUAUAUUAGCAGAAAGUAUUAGUCUUUGUACUUAGCUUACGUUCCCAAAAGCUGACAUUUUCACGAUUCUUAAAAACACAAAGUUAUAUUUAUUAAAAUUAGGACAUGUUUUCUCUUUGAAAUGAAGAAUAUAGUUUAAAAGCUUCCUCCUCCAUAGGGACACAUUCUCUCUAACCCUUAACUAAAGAGCAGGAUUUAAAAAUUAAAUGUGAGGUAAAGUAAGUUUAUUUUUAAUAUUAUCUGUCAACAGUUAAUAUCUGUCAACAAUUAAUAAUCAUGUUAUGUUAAUUUUAACAUUGCUGACUUGGGUAAUUCAUUAUUACCAGCAGUUGUGAAGGAAAUAUUGCUAAAAUGAUCUGGGCCUACCAUAAAUAAAUAGCUCCUUUUCUGAGUUCUAAGAAUUAUCAGAGACAAGAAAGAAUUUAGAAAAACUUGAGGACACCGAAUCCAAAAUAAAAUUCACUUAAGUAGAACUAUAAAUAAAUAUCUAGAAUCUGAUUGGCUCAUCAUGACAUCCUACUCAUAAAUCAAAGGAGAUUAAUUUCCAGUUAACUGGAAGAAAUUAUUUGGCUGUAGGUUUUUAUUUUCAACAAGAAUUCUGGUUUGAAUUAUUGUUUGUAAGCAGGUACAUUUUAUAAAAUGUAAGCCCUACUGUAAGAUUUAGCACUGGGUGUACAUAUUUAUUAAAAAUUUUUAUUGUAACUUUUAUAAAAUGGCCUUUCUGAACACUUUAUUUAUUGACGUUGAAGUAAGGAUUGGAAACAUAGACUCCCAAGUUUUAAACACCUAAAUGUGAAUAAUCCGUAUAUACAAUAAAGUCUCUGCCAUCUAGUUUUUUGAAGUCUAUGGGGAUCUUACUCAAGUACUAAUAAUUUAACUUCAUCAUGAAUGAACUAUAAUUUUUAAGUUAUGCCCACUUAUAACAUUGUUUAUGACUACAUUGUGAGUUAGAAACAAUCAAACAAAAUUUGGGGUAUAGAACCCCUCAACAGGUUAGUAAUGCUGGAAUUGUUGAUAAGCAAUAAUGAUAACCAGAGACAGUGAUUUCAUUUGCACUCAUAGUAGUAUAAAAGGAGAUACAUUUCCCUCCUUAGGCCCCUAGGAGAAGAGCAGCUUAGAUUUCCCUACAUGCAAGCUUUUUAAAAAUGAGGUAAAUGCCAUAUAUGAUCGAUUACCUUAAUUGGUCAAGAAAAUGCUUCAAGUGUCUAGGGGUAUCCUCUGCAACACCUGCAGAACAAAGGUCAAUAAGAUCCUUGCCUAUGAAUAGCCCUGCCUUUUGCCCUUUCUGUUAAAUUUGUAAUGAGAAGCAAAUUUACAGUACCAUAACUAAUGAAGCAGGAUACAUAUAUAAACUACUGCAUCUUUUCUAUAAAACUGUGAUUAAGAAUUCUACCUCUCCUGUAUGGCUGUUACUGUACUGUACUCUCUGACUCCUUACCUAACAAUGAAUUUGUUACAUAAUCUUCUACAUAUAUGAUUUGUGCCACUGAUCUCAAACCUAUGAUUCAGUAACUUCUUACUAUAUAAAAAUGAUAAUGGCUUUAUUUGGAAAAGAAUUUAGGAAUAUUUAGGACAAUUACUUUUACAGACAAAGUAAAAAGACUGAGAUAUUUAAGAGGCAUAACCAAAAAAGCAAAAUUUGUAAACAGAGUAAAAAUCUUUAAUAUUUCUAAAGACAUACUGUUUAUCUGCUUCAUAUGCUUUUUUAAAUUUCACUAUUCCAUUUCUAAAUUAAAGUUAUGCUAAAUUGAGUAAGCUGUUUAUCACCUAACCGCUCAUUUUGUCUUUUUCAAUAUACAAAUUUUUAGAAUACUACAAUAUUUAACUAAGGCCCAACCAAUUUCCAUAGUGUAAGCAGUUACCAUGUUCACCUCACACUAAGGCCUAGAGUUUGCUCUGAUAUGCAUUUGGAUGAUUAAUGUUGUGCUGUUCUUUCAUGUGAAUGUCAAGACAUGGAGGGUGUUUGUAAUUUUAUGGUAAAAUUAAUCCUUCUUAAACAUAAUGGUGUCUUAAAAUUGACAAAAAGUGAGCACUUACAAUUGUAUGUCUCCUCAAAUGAAAAUUCUUUAUCUGAAAUUUUAAAAGAAAUUGAUUCAGCAUGUAAGGAUUUUUCAUCUGAAGUAUAAUAAUGCACAAUCAGUGUUGCUCAAACUGCUUUAUACUUGUAAACAGCCAUCUUAAAUAAGCAAUGUAUUGUGAGUACUAAUCUGUAUAUAAUAAAAAUUAUCAAAGAAAAUGACCAGUCAUUUGUAAAUGCUGUCUACUCCUGAAAGCCUUCCUUCAUCUCAGUCUUAGUUAAUAAUGUGCUCUCUCCUCCUGUUUUGAAACCUCAUAGCUCUCUACACCUCUUAUUGUACAUCACUCUACUUUGCAUUGGAGUUCUGUUUCUGUAUGUACUUAUUCACCUGCCUAAACAUGCAUUGUUCCUAAAAGGUACAAUUUUUGCUCCAACUAUAUGAAAGGAAAGAUAAUCAGUUUUUAAAGUCUGGACCCAGGGAACUUACCCUGCUAAAUAAGCACCCAGGGAACUUACCCUGCUCCUCUACCUCACCCCAGAAAUUGAUUAUUUAGGUCUGGAAUAUGGCUCAGGAUUCUUAAUUUUUAACCAACACAAUAUAGAAUCCUGUCAGUUAUCCUUGGGUCAUCUGCUUAGUGAUCUUGUAAAAUCAAAACUCCUUUGAGGCUAUUUCAUUUUCAGAAAUAUUUUAAGUAACAUCUUAAAACUUGUUAAAAUAGCAUAUAGGAAAGUACAAUGCUUGGUGUAGGUAGGUUAUUAUUUGGUCAUUUCCCUCAAACCAUCCAGACAAGCCACUCUUCUACCACAAGCUGGUAGAAAUCCUUAGGCACCUUUCUGCUUCUGCACUGCUAUCACUUUCAGGUGUCUAAGGCUUCUGGAAGGCUGCUGUCAUAACCUGGAGCCAUACACCUAAUGUAUGUCUAGGGAAAGGACACCGAUUAAAGAAUCUGGAGCUAGGAUGAUGUUACAUAAGAGAGGGCACAUGGAGAUGGACUCUGGAUCCCUGCAUCUGAAAAAAAAGGCAAGAAAAUGCAGUGCAGGGAAAAUCCUGGAGGUCUUCACUGACCAUGAAUUAAAAUCCUAAUUGACAGUUUUACAAAAACCUUCCUGUUUUAGUACUUGUUUUUGUUUCUGUUUUAACAAGCUUAGAUUUAUUAUUGUGCCUUUUAUAGAAUAUGAGGAAGAAAUAGGAAAGCAGUAAAAUGAACAAUGAGAAUCUGUUAUCCAAACUGAUAUAAACUCCCUCAGAAAGAAAGAUACUACUCCCCAAUCCUGGAAGUGUUAAGUGGCAAUAAUGAUCACAUGUUGUAAAGGAGAUUGUUAACUACGGCUAGUAUCAAAUGGGAAGCUGGAGUAAAUCUAACCUUUCUUCCCUUGAUUUCAAUUCUAAAAGGACAAGUAAUACCAUUGCAGAAAGAAAAGACAGUUCCAAAUGAUAAAUUUUAGAGUUGUUUUGCUAGGAUGCAAGAGAAAUUGGAUAAGUGGACCACUCAUACGUUGCUGGUGAGGUAUGAAAUAGUACAGCCACUGUGGAAAAUAUUCUUGGCAGUUUCUUAUAAAACUAAACAUGCAUUUAACAUAUAACCUGGCAUUUGUACUACUUGACAGUUAUCCCUGAGAAGUUAAAACUUAACAUUCACAAAUGUUACAUAGUACCUUCAUUUACAAUAGCCAAACCCAGAAACAACCUGGAUGUCCUUCAAAAAGAGAAUGAAUGGUUUAGUAUGUCCACACCAUAGAAUACUAAAGAGUAAUAUGAAGGAACAAACUACUGAUACAUGUAACAAAUUGGAUGGACCUCAAGGGAAUUAUGCUUGGGUGGUUUGGGGGGACAAUCCUAGUUUUACACACUGUAUGAUUCUGUUUUUGUAACAUUCUUAAAUAAUAAAGCAAUAGAGAUGGGAAA